AUGGGUUUCGAAGAGGCUGAGACACACCUGAUCUUCCCUAAGACGGCCUCCGUGGAGCAGCUGCGGCGGGUACGGGAGUCCAUCGCCGCUGAGAGGAGCCAGAGGCUGGGGGCAGCACCUCCUCCACCAGCAGGAGCAAGAGCAGGAGCAGCCGUGGGGCAGCCCUCCGUCAGCUCUGGGGCUUCCCAGCCUCCACCUCCACCUCCAGUCGCCUCCGCCUCCGUAGUGCAGAGCUCCUCCCAGCAGCCGUCGCCCGCAGGCAGCAUGGCGUUCUUCCGGACGAUGCAGUCAAACUUCCAGCACGUGUUGGUGUACGAGAGCGCCGCCCUGCAGCAGAAGGCCCGGAACUGUAUCCCCCACCCCCAGCUCCGCUCACAGGCCCAGCAGAGGCUGCAGCAGGCCCAGCAAGCAGACGCAGAGUGCUCUCUGUCUGAGGAGGACAUGCUGGUCCUGGAGCUGCUGCAGUGGUUUAAGGGGCACUUCUUCUCCUGGGUGGACAGCCUGCCCUGCAGCCGCUGCGGAGGGAAGACCCAGUCUGCGGGCUCCCUGCCCCCCUCAGAGGAUGACCUCCGCUGGGACGCCGGCCGCGUCGAGAACCACUUCUGCAACGCCUGCCAACUCUCCACCAGAUUCCCCAGGUACAACAACCCUGAGAAGCUGCUGGAGACCAGGAGAGGGCGCUGUGGAGAGUGGGCCAAUUGCUUCACGCUGUGCUGCAGGGCCAUGGGGCUGGAGGCGCGCUACAUCUGGGACAGCACAGAUCACGUAUGGACGGAGGUGUUCUCUGUGUCCGAGGGCCGCUGGCUGCACUGUGACUCCUGUGAGAACGCCUGUGAUAAGCCCCUGCUGUACGAGGUGGGCUGGGGGAAGAAGCUCUCCUACAUCCUGGCGUUCUCCAAGGACCAGGUGGUGGAUGUGACCUGGCGGUACUCCUGUAAGCAUGCAGAGGUUGGGGCCAGACGGACGCAGGUCCAGGAGACCUGGCUUCUGCACACUGUGACCGCCCUCAACACUGUGCGGCAGCAGCCCCUGAGUGUGGAGCGGAAGCGUGAGCUGCUGGAGAGGCUGCUGGUGGAGCUGGUGGAGUUCAUCUCCCCAAAGAGCCCUGGGAUCGGGGACCUGGGGGGGCGCGUCUCGGGGUCCCUCGCCUGGAGGGCGGCGCGCGGAGAGACGGGGGCAGGAGGCCCAGCACAGGCCGAAGGGUUUGUGUUCGUUCCCACGGAGACGGAGAAGUGUGGGAAAGUGUUCCGCCUGUGCUACAACGCCAGUACGGACAGCUACACCCGAGCGAGCAGCAGCGAUGUCAUCGGCGGGUGGGAGAAGGCGGCGUGGAGGAAGGAGUCCGUCUUCAGGAAAGAAGAGGCAGACUGGCAGAUGGUGUACCUGGCGCGGACCGAGGGCUCCGGCUCAGGGAGGGUCAGCUGGAAGCUGGACUGCGCUGCUGCUGGGAUGCGGAUCAAGACGGCCACAGUGAGAGCGCACACACAGACGUUCGAGUCGGGGAGCGCCAGCUGCAGCGUGUGCUCGGGCCAGACCAGCAUCGCCUUCCCUGGAGAUGGCGAAGCGCAUGCGUUUCCCAGCCUCGCCGGCUCCACAGAAAUGGUCGUCGUGGUGGAGCUGGAUGGAGGGUCGUCAUGGCAACACGCUCAGCUGUUCAGGCAGGGUCUGAAGGAGACAGAGAAAUCCUCCUUAGAAAUCACUGUGGAGAUGGAAGACGCCUGA